CAUCACCCGCAUCACCAGCAUCAACACAUUUUGCCUAAAGUCACUCCCAGCUCCUUGUUGACACCGCAUCUUGCAGCUCGAGGCGCACGGCAUCAUCACAGCAGCAGCGACAGCCAUUCCAGGAACCGCGCAUGCAUCCACACCAUCUGCGGACGCAUCACUAGUUUCAACGCCGCUUAAAUCAACCAGCGACCGCUCUUCAGCAGCACUAGUCCCCCGAGACAGGUCAAGUCUGCAGCCAGUCUAGUCCAGUGUGGUGCAGUGUAAGGACGAGACGCUGUCUACGUUGACGCGCGCAACACUUAUCAACAUCUCCAUCAAGACAAUCAACAUUGGGCACCAACUACCGCACACGAGUCCCGCGACCCAAAAAUGCCAUAACGUGGAGAAGGGGUCCAUCGACAGCAAACAUCUCCAGCGGCAGCUUUAAUCAAGCUUCCUCCUUCUGCAAAACCACACAUAAACAUUCUCGUGGCAAAGGGUCAAAGACAUCAUGGAUCCAAGACAACCAAGCCUGCCCUUCUCGCGAAAUACCGCUUCACCUUAUGACGGUCGCACCCCUUUCCCUCCUGCCUCGAACCCGUCACCUUUUCCUCCUUCCUCUCAUCCUCCUAGUACAGGAUCAACAUAUGCCGAACAACACCAUCGAAGACCCUCAGAUCCCCCAUUCUACAAUGCACAGCGGAGUUAUGCGUCAGGAGGAGCGCCGAUGCCCGGUCAGGGUCAUUCAAGACACCAGAGUGCUUCUUCCAUAAACCAUGGACCAUCAGCAAGUCGGGGAAUGCCACCCCCUUCUUCUCCUCAACAACAAUCUUCUCAAGCCCCACAGCAUCAUAGUUAUGGGCAGCCCUCUAUGCGUGCUCCACCUCCAACAACUACAGGACCCCUGAACUUUCAGUCAGGACGCGAGCUUCCAACAUUACCUCCGAUCGGAAGCCGACCUCAAGGUGGCAUGUCUAUUUCCUCGAUAUUAGGAGGCCCACCAGCAGGUAGAGAACAAGCACCACCAUCACAGUAUGCAUCCCCAAUUGGAACAUCUGCUCCUUCAGGCCCAUCAUUUCCUAGCACAACACAAGCUUCGCCACGAAUGAACUCCAUUGGGCAAGAUUACACACCAUUCAGACGACCACUAACACCCCCCGAGCAUUUGAGAGCAUAUGAAGCGAGGGAUACUCGUGCGAACUCAGCAGGUUCUCCACCCGGCGCGGCGCAAUAUGGGACACCAGAAGCUAGAGGAAGGUAUAGUACACCACAAACGUAUUCGCGACCUCCUCCAGCCAUUCCAGUAGCCGAUGAGCGUCGAGAACCACUGCGUGUACCCAAUCAGAAUGCAAUGCCACCACGACCUCAAAGUCAACCCAAUUCUGGACCUCCAUCUCAACGCCAGUACGAGAAUCCCCGAGUGUCAACACAUGGCGAGGGCGUAUUUCCCAGGAGAGAACCCUUAGGAAGACCCACUGAUCCAAGCUCAAGAGAACGAGAGGCAGCAUACGGAAGGCCAGCAUUCGAUGAUAGGCCAAAUCCUGUGUAUACUUAUGCCGAGAGAGACAGACAAGAAAGGGAGGCAACUAUACAACGAGAGAGAGAACGUGAACGUGAUAGGGAACGUGAUAUACGCGAGCGCGAGAGAGAUCAUAGAGAGCGCGAGCUGGAAAGAGAUCGAGGAAGGGAUAUGGAAAUUGAAAUGGAACGGGAACGAUCGAUGGGCCGAAAACCCGACCAUCACAUGGAUUUCGCUCGGCAUGUUGCCGCCCAGAGAGAAGCAUCACAGAGAGAGUCAGCUCAUAGGGAAGCGUUUCAAAGAGACGUUGCUCAGAGAGAAGCUGCGCAACGAGAUGCUCAGACUUCCUACAACAGACAAUCUGAACCUCGUGAGCAGCCAGCAUGGAUGCGACCAAACUACGAACCUCCUCGAGCCCCUCCUUAUGAACCCAUCCCUCCACAGCCAGAAGGACCAACGCAGCAGCGUCCUGCUUCUAGCAGGAACGAGUAUCCCGCGAGCAGCGCACCGCAGUAUAGCGGGCAUCACGCCUACGCUCCUAAUGAACCACGAUACCCGCCAGGUUCCCAAGCACCUUCUAUGCCACCACAGCACAAUGCACCAGCUCCACAAUACGAUACCUCUAUGAUUGAACGCCACCGACUUGCACAACAACACCAACACCAGCAAGGUCAGACUUCAUAUUCCAACCCCCAAAAUGGCCCAUAUCAGCCGCAUGAGUCCCCAAGGAGAGUCAUUGAAGAACCGCAACCAAUGACCCACCCGAUGCAACAGCAGCGUAGUUUCUUGGGUGUACAAGAACUCAAUCGUAAAGGUCGUCUUUCUCCACUCCCUCAAGCUGUUCAAGGAGUCCAGCCUCAACACGGUGGUCCCGGCGGAGAGCCUGGUAUCAAAAGCGAAUUUGGUAGGAUGUUCUCAGGGAUCGGAAGUGGUGUUGGUAGUACUGGAGUGUCUAGCCCCAUCUCUGCUGGUGCUCAACCGAUGCCUUUUUCCAACCCUGGCCAACUUCGGCGUGAGGAUGUAGACAAUAUAGCAAACCAGGAUUCGCCAAUGGAAAAUGGUGGACAUAACCCACGUUCAGCUUCCCGUGGUGGCGCUACUUCGAGACGACGAAAAUUGAAAGAAGACGAUAGCAGAGGUGACGAUGAAAGCAGUACUGGAAGACGUACUCCAAGUGGAAGAGGCAAACGUCCAAAGACGGGCCAUCACCACCACCACCAUCAGUAUGUUUUCCCAUUUCCCUUAUUUACUAACCGCUAACGGCGCUUUGAUUGAGUCACCAUCACCACCACGCAGACCCUGCAAAUAAUACUUCAUCGCCUGGACCAAAUAACAUGACACCAUUCAAGAAUGCCAAAGGAUCUGCGGUACCUUCGCCCUCCGAUGCUAAAGCAACAUCAGGAACGCACCAUCACCAUGCCCCAGUUCCAAAGGCACAUUACCACCACCACGCGCCGGCAUCCAGACCUGCUCCGCCAAUAAGCCCCAUCAUUCCGAUACCAAUACGAAGAGUGGAUUCUCGAAAGAUCCUCGAAAGUGUGGCGGAUAGACAAAGACUACAUCUCGGAUUUCAGGAGUACCAGGCCAAACUUAAACCCAAAGGAAAGGAGUCUAGAACUCGAGGUUCAUAUACCGGCUUUGCCAGCACCCCGCUGCCACUGCCUCGACUUGAAGGAAAGGAGAAUUGCACGAUGACAAUUAAAAUUCCUCGAACACACCUGUCCGAUAUUAGCCGAGAGGAGAUAACGCGCCGUAAAGCGGUAUGGGGUACAGAUAUCUAUACCGAUGAUUCUGAUGUAAUUGCUGCAUGUAUUCACGAAGGUUGGUUCCGCGGUGCUUGGGCUCCAGAUGUGGAUACAUCAUAUCUUGGUCUCGAAAUUGGAGAACGCCCUACAGGUCCCAUUGAUUUCGGACAAGUCCUUACAAAACCUCCUCCAUCUGGACCGUGGCAAGUUCCGAAAAGACACGAUCUUCAUGUUAAAAUUUUGAUCUUGCCAAAAUUGGUUGAAUACAAGGGUUGUGUACGAUUCGGUAUCAAGAGUCGUGAAUGGGGUGUUAAGCAGGAAGGAUAUAAAGGUACACAUGAUGGUUUGAGUUUCAAGAUUAUGAGUGUACAAUGGGUUGCUGGUGCAGGGGUAGGAGUUCCCAGGAAAAAAGCUGUUUUCAAUGAACGACUCACGAGGGAAGAACUGGAGGAAGAAGAGAGGUUUGCCAAACUGCUGUCAAAUGGAAAUGGUAGAUCGGAUCGGAAUAUGGUCGAUAUUGAGGAGAGCUUCGAACGCGGAAGUGAUAACUUAUGGACGGAGGAGAUGACGGGCGUUGGAUCGAAGUCUUGGAAUAAGCCGGUAGCGAGGCCCGCCCCAGCGCCAAAGCCAAUGGAACCCGCACCCGUGGAAGACAGACCAGAACCAGCAAGGGCCCAAGCUCCGAUUCUGACCCUAUCACCACCUCGAGUACCACUCCCCCCACCCAUCCCAUCACCUAUCGAACCUCCUGCGGUACUUGAACUUGAGCGGAUGUCACAACCUAAUCGAGGCUUCGCACCAGUUCAGAGGGAAGUUGUGGAAGCGGUCACUGAGAGGAUGAUUGAAAACGCCAAUUCGAACUCGGACGAAACGCCAACCAGCAGUGACAUGGGAGCUGUAGCUGUUUUGUUGGAUGCUGCGGCACGAGCUUCGGCGUCGGCUCAGGGAGACGCUAGUCACUCUACUGAGAUGAACGGAGAUGGUCCAGCACCUGCUGCUGUCUAAUUUUGACGGAAUUUCUUGCAGUGAAUGGGGCAGAAAAGUGCAUCAAGGAUGGAUUUUGUGAGGAUUGUUCUCGAGAUGUGAGGGAACCAAACAUAUUUGUUCAUUUUUGGUGGAUAUGAGGGCCUUGACUUUUGCACGUAAUGCUUCUUUGAUUAUCCAGACAGGAUGGAUGGAUGGAUAUAUGGGAGAAUCAUUGAAGCGAGUGAGGCAUUCAGUACCGUGCGAUGUUCUCUUUGUCUUUUGUUUUUCUUUUGAAAAAAGGCAUCGCUUAUGGCGUUGUUUUUUUUUUGCACCAUAAUUUUGUUCCAGGGACUUGUGUGUGAGAAGGCUACUACUUCUUAGCAUGUCUGGUCUUGGGAUGGGAUAGAUGGAAUAGAUGGAGGGGGGGGAGUGUUUUGUAGAUAGUGUUUUUUAGGUAGUUAGUUGGUAAUUAAUUACUAGUCUGUG